AUAGUUACAAAAAAGCACUAGAACGUUUGAAACGUGCCGAAGAAACGUCCAACAUGGAAUCAGAAGAAGAGGGUUCUCGAAAGCGAAAAAGGACACAGCGUGGACAGGACUAUGAUAGCGAAAAUGGUAAGCCUAACAAUGCGAACUUAAGAGUGAAUGUCAGUAAAAAUCGAACAUAUGAGACAUUUCGCGGCCACGACUGAAAAAUCAAUUUUGCUCAAAUUUUGCCCAGAUAUACCUUAUUAUAUCGGAAAAUGCACCAUAUAUUUUUUUAGGUCAAAUGCUUUUUUAACUUUGAGAAAAUGCCGUUUGAACACGACCACCCUAAAUCGCCAUUUUUUCUGGGAAAAUAUGUGCUGAUUUUACAGAUAAAUUUCACAACGACAACCGUUUCUAAUCGAUCUAAAACCCUAAAAAUCUUGUUUUCGGUUAUUCAAAGGACGGUAUACAUGACUUACAGGAAAUCUGAGUUACUUUUAGGAAUAGAUAUAAUCGUAGUUUUGGAGCACACUAUCUUACUUCAUUUACGAUACCCUCUUAACAAAACCGAUUUUCACCAUGUGAUAAAGCCCCAAAUCGAUCAUGCUUCUACUAGUUGGCUCUUUAAUAAGCAAGUUUUCAAUUGACGUAAAUACUUCUUUUGGCAAAUUAAUACGCGAUAAACGACAGCGCGUUGAAAUCGUCCGUUUUUGACGUCUUGCAAGUCAAACGCUGUUAAUUUACAUACCGUCGAAGUAAACAAUUUAAUCAAGUAUUUUAAGUAUUUUACCUUUUGAGAAGAAGAUAUAUUCUUGAAUGGAGACUUUUUGCCUUGCUUAGUUUAAAAUUGGUCCAAAAAUCCCGAGAUAUUUGUAAAAUAUCAUCAUAUACAGGUAUUUUGACAUAUAAUAUUGUUGUCAGUUGCAUGACAACUUCAGAUCAUUGUUCAAUAUUGUCUGCUUUUAAUAGCAACUAUCGAGUAUAAAUGUUUACGAAUACAUAAGUUAAUUAUUAAGCAGCUGUUAAUAGCGUGCGUGUGAAAUGAACAUUUAUCCAUACAAGGAUUUGUUAUUUUAUUAUAUAUUCUACCACCUCAAACUCAAAUUAUAGGCAUACAGCAAAUACUGUACUUUAGAAUAAUGUGUGUUUACUUUGAUGCACAGUUAAAAUAAUCAGUAAAAUUACUUUAUUUUGAUACACUAAUGUCUAUUGAUCUUAUUAUAUUUCACAAGUACUAGGACCCAAAAAUACAGCAUUGAGAUAUGUUGGCCAAGUGCGACACCACAAAUUAUUAUUGUCUCCCCACACGUCACGUUUAAAGAAAAUGAAAGCUUGUUGCUCGUUUAACGCUGAUUAACCACAUGCCAAAUACGGCAAAUGCCGCGGGCCUCGCGCUUUAAGGUGGAGUAAUACGGGCAACAAAAUUGCUGCAACUUGCAACAAAAUCUGAUUUCUACGCAUGUUAAUUGAAAAUGUUUACACAUACAUUACAAAUCACGAGGCAACAUGUGUCGACAUUCCUAUUUAACAUGCCUUGAAAUCAGAUUUUGUUGCAAGUUGCAGCAAUUUUGUUGUUCGUAUUACUCUAGCUUUACUGUGCUACGCCUAUUUUUACGAGAACAUGGCCAUUUUCUAUUGGGACACGCGCAUUAGGGCCCCUAGGCUUGGUAGUUCGCCCUAGCAUGGCCCCGGGAAAAUAUGCAAUACUCGUGUUCAUAUAAUCUCUAGUUGCGUUGAGCUGUUAUAUUAUGAUCCUGUUUAUACCCACCAACUGCGCCAGGCAGGCCAUUAUCUUGUUUAUAAUUGAUGCAAAUAAAUUGCAAUAUUGAAAACAAUUAUUUAACACUUUUGUGUAUCUUUAAAUUCAAUGGUUUUCAUAAAAAGAAGAAAGGGGAGGUUUGGGGGCCUCGUGCUAAAAUUUGCCACGGGCCUCGCGCGACGUUAAUCCGGCCCUGGUCACUUGUCGGUAGAUCUUGCGGUUUUAAUGCCAAUUGACAAAGAUCAAAAGAGAGCACUGAUGACUCCCCCCGGUGGAGAAAUACUGGCGCAGCCCAAACCAGCUCAGUGAAAUAUGGGGCCCCAGGGCCAAUUAUACCCUUGGGGCUCCGGUGAACCACAAUUAUCCCCCUCCGUCGACAAACUUUUUGUCGCCUUGCAAAUUUGUAUUUGCCUGUCUUCCUUGAGCUGGGGUCGCAGAGAAAAUUGCUCCUUUGCCGCCUCCCUUUGCCGCCUCCCGCAAGGGUGGCCCUGGCGCCGCCCUUGUCUUAUCAUAACUAUCUACCCUAAUUCAAGCUGAUUGGCACGGCUCGAUGAAUUAAUUGCCGCUUUCAAACAGAGGUUUAUUAUUUUAAACCUCUAGAACCAGGGUACCUUUUGUCACUCUGAGGCCAGCGAAAUAACCUCUAACGCAACAUGCACGUACGCGUCUACUAUCGUCAAGAAACAAUCAAUACGUAUAAUCGUUGUGGUCUGUGGGAUUUUAAUUCAAUAGUGUAAACCUUGCAGUUUUAGGGAAGCCUCACAUAUCGAUUUUUUCCACAAGAAACGUCAAAUGUUCGUUUUGGGGGUGGGGGAGGGGGUUUACAGCUGUGACGUUUCUCUGUAAAUAUCAUGGAAAAGUUCAAUAGUUUUUUCGAAUACCUUAACAUUUCGGAAUCAACUUUGCAGAGUAUAAAAAAGAAAACAACUUGAAAGAAAACGACUAUUCAAAUAUAAGGGCUGGUAAACUAAUAAUAAAAACUCCUUAUAUGGAUAAACAUUAUAAACGUUCAUUUCACAUGUACACGCACGCUAACAGCUGCUUAAUAAUUAACUUACGUAUUUGUAAACAUCUGUCGAUAAAUAAAAUGGUACAUUAAUAUGGACAAAAUGGAUCAAAACCUUUGAAAACAGCAGUUGUAGUUCCAAUUCUUUUGCGCAAAUAUAAUCCUUAAAUAGCUCAUCGAUUUGUAUAAUUAUAUUAGCGCUUAAGUCAAACGGCCGGGUCGUAGAUCACGUUGAAUAAUGAUCUGAAGUUAUCAUGCAACCGUCAACAAUGUCUCAAAAUACUGGAUGUUUGAUGAUUUUUUUUACAAAUAUACCGGGAUUUCUGGACCACUUUUAAACUUAGCAAAGCGAAAAGUCCCCAUUCAAGAAUAUAUGUUUUUUUCUCAAAAGGUAAAAUACUUAGAAUACUUGAUUAAAUUGUUUACUUCGACGGUGUAUAAAUUAACAGCGUUUGACUUGCAAGAUGUCAAAAACGGAAGAUUUCAACGCGCUGUCGUUUAUCGCGUAUUCAUUUGCCAAAAUAAGUAUUUACGUCAAUUGAAAGCUUGUUUAUUAAAGAGCCAACUAGUAGAAGCAUGAUCGAUUUGGAGCUUUAUCGCAUGGUGAAAAUCGAUUUUGUUAAGAGGGUAUCAUAAAUGAAGUAAGAUAGUGUGCUCCAAAACUACGAUUAUAUCUAUUCCUAAAAGUAACUCAGAUUUCCUGUAAGUCAUGUACACAGUCCUUUGAAUAAGCGAAAACAAGAUUUUUAGGGUUUUAGAUCGAUUAGAAACGGUUGUCGUUGUGAAAUUUAGCUGUAAAAUCAGCGCAUAUUUUCCCAGAAAAAAUGGCGAUUUAGGGUGGUCGUGUUCAAACGGCAUUUUCUCGUUAAAAAAGCAUUUGGCCUAAAAAAAUAUAUGGUGCAUUUUCCGAUAUAAUAAGGUAUAUCUGGGCAAAAUUUGAGCAAAAUCGAUUUUUCAGUCGUGGCCGCUUUAUGUUUGAUUUUUGUGGACAUCCUCUCUUAAGUUCUUCAAAUUGAUUUGUUUAGUCAUAGUUAAUAGAAAAAGAGCAUGGUUAGGAAAUCUUUGUUCUAUGGUAUGUUACGUAUUGUAAAGGUCUUAAAGAUUGAAAAGGUCUUUAAAGUUCACCGUCGUUUCUAACCAUGCUUACAUCUGUUAACUCAGGUUCAGGUCUAGUUAUAUGACAUUCAUACGUGCGUGAAUUUUACUUUUAAUAUUUUGGAUUUAAUUUGUUGUAGCUGGUGAUGAUGGUAACUCUACUGACGAUGACGGCGAGGAGUCUAUAGAAAGGGUCAAAAGAAUUUCACUUCCAAAACCACCAGAGUUUUCAAAUGGCCGAAGAAAUUCCAUUUUGCAACGUGAAAAUUAUGCGAGUAUGUAUUUUUUCUAUUGAAUUAAGUGUUGUUAAAAUGGUGACAUAUCUUUGGUGAUGUUCGUUGAUUGCACAAGAAUAAUUCGUACUUUGCUCUGAUUAGGUAGAAAUAGACAGAAUGCAAGUCGGACCGCCGCUUCUACGGGUGUACCACGAUCAAGAGGACCAAAUUUGUGUGGCACCUCGUUAGAAGCUAACAGAAUUUCACCUUUUUCUUCAUCAGGUAUGUUUAUCGAAUUGAUUACAACGCUUGUUCAUUUAACGUGAAGCUUAUGGAAAUUGAAAUUGCAUGAAAGUAUUGUAUUGUGAAGAGGUGUCAAAAAUGAAUCAUACAUACAGUCGUGCAUAUCCAUGGGAUAUGGACAUAUAGUUAAAGGCAUUGAUCAUUAUCUCGUUUUUCUAUAGUUUCAUAUCGUAACUUAUGUAUUGUUUGCAAGCAGGUUAACAUGUUUUGAUAAUUAUUCUUCAAAUUAUAUCGAUCCUUCGGGCAAAACCCUGGGGAAAUAUUUUAUCAAAAUCCCCUUGUUCCAGGUCUGUAAUUGUUUCUUCAUCGAAUGUUAUUUGAAAAAAAUUAAUGUUUAGUUUGAUGGAUUAUUACCAUAUCCUAGGUACGAGUGCUGUCAAUCUCAGGAGGACACAACAUGUUGGUGACACUACCCGGCAUAUAAUGACAAAAUUAGGAACGAACAACCUAUGGUUGAAGUUUAGUCUUAAAGGAAGAAAAGGAAAAUUUGCCUUUAAAGACUCUUCAUUGUUCACUGUUGUAAAAAAAGUAAGUAUUUAAAUUUGAGUGUAUUUUGCCAAAUAUUUGCAACAUGCAGGGUACACCAAUAUAAUAGGUUUAUUGCCAUGUCGUAAUAAACUAGAAUUUUUUUUUAAAUGUUUUCAUUAAAUGUAAACAUACAAUGUCUCCGUUUUUAUUUCUGUUUGUAGAGUCGUGUAUUAGAGUGCAUUCGAAGGUUAGUGAACCGGAAAUCGAAGAGCAGAUCCAAGAGAUAUUAAAACAUGCACCGAAUAAGCCAGGAGGCUCCAGAUUUAAGGUAUUUGUAACUAUAUGUUAUUUUAAUUCUUAGCUAUUGUACAUUGGAGAUGCAGAUGCUCAAAACUGCUGGAUAUAAUGAAUGUGGUUUUAUGGUGUUAUGA